CCCUCCAUGCAAAACAGCUAUCCCAGACGUCAUCUGCAGCCAAUGGGAGGCGGGUACGGUGAGCUCAUCGGGCCAGCGGAAGGUAUAAAGCUACCUCCCCGAGGAAGGCGAGCGUCUUGAACGCGCGCGGGGAGGAAGGCGGUGAGCUUCGGUUCUCGGUGGCGUCGUCUAACAAAGCGCUGCCCGGGAAGAAGCCCGACGCUCCUCCUCUCACGUCGGGCGCGCAACUUGGGGCCCUCCCCCGUCCCACAUUCCCCGAGCGCUCCGCUGCGGAGACCACAGGCGGCUACCUCCCCUCCGCGGCCUGCGGGGGGGAAGAGGAUGGAAACACCUUUCUACCAUGACGAUGUGUUGAUCGCCCUGGCAGCCUCGACGACAGCGCCUUCCUCUCGAAGCAGCAACUUCCCGCAACCUUUUUUCGACGGCACCAUGAUGAAAAAAGACGGCUUGGCCUUGGCUCUGAGCGAUCAGGUGGUGUCUGGCCUGAAAGCGCCCGCCGGCCAUGCCGCCCCUUCCGCGCAGCAGCAACAGCAGCAGCAACAGCCGCCGCCGCCGCCAGGGGAAAACCAGACGCUUCUGACUUCCCCGGAUCUGGGCCUUCUGAAGUUGGCCUCGCCGGAGCUGGAGCGCCUGAUCAUCCAGUCGAACGGCUUGGUGACGACGACGCCGACCAGCGGCGGCACCCAGUUCCACUUUCCCAAAGGCGGCGGCGGAGGCGCCCCCGACGAGCAGGAAUUCGCCGCCGGCUUUGUGAAAGCCUUGGAGGACCUGCAUAACCAGAACCAGCUGGGGAGCGCCGGCCCGGUCGGCGGGGAGCUGCCACCGACAGCCAGCCUGGCCCAGCAGCAGCCGCCGCCUCAGUCCGUCGACCCUCCGGUGUACGCCAACCUGAGCACAUUCUCCGGCGCGGCCGCCUUUUCAUCCGAGGGGGCGUACCAGGCGCACCCUCGGCUGCAGCCGCCGCCGUCGCUCAAGGACGAGCCUCAGAUCGUGCCGGAGGUGGCGAGCUUCGGCGACAGCCCGCCGCUGUCGCCCAUCGACAUGGACACGCAGGAGCGCAUCAAGGCAGAGCGCAAGCGGCUGCGCAACCGCAUCGCGGCCUCCAAGUGUCGGCGGCGGAAGCUGGAGCGCAUCUCCCGACUGGAAGAAAAAGUCAAGAGCCUCAAGAACCAGAACACCGAACUGGCCUCGACGGCCAACCUCCUCCGGGAGCAGGUGGCGCAACUCAAGCAGAAAGUGCUCAGCCACGUCAACAGCGGCUGCCAGCUCCUACCGCAGCAGCAGCCGCAGCCCCACCAGGUCCCGGCCUACUGAAGGGCCCCUCGGCAGGGAAAGGAGUGCGCUCGCCACUCGGGGACCCGAGGGCCCUCCGCCGACGCGCCUCGACGACCCGCCAGAGGGGAGGCACCCCAGUCCUCCGGCAGGCGCGGUCUCCCAGCUGGGGAAGCCGUAGCGAACCGAGGAGACGCGUGGGAAACCCCCGCGCCCUUCCCGCUUCCACCCCACGAAGUGCAACCUGCGAACUGCCGCUUCGAGGAGAAUGGCCCGGUGCCUCUCGCGGGCUAUCCCUCCCCCCCUCGCCUCCGGCACUCUCACAUUGGACAAGAACUUCGUACGAGUUCGAGGGAAGGGGAACCAAGGACGCUCGGGGAAGCCUUUUCAUGCCUCUCCCCAGCUGGGUGUGCAACAGCUUAUGGACGCAGCGUAGAAUUGCUACUAGGACUUCCUGGGCUACAAAGGGAAGAAAGAAUGGGGGUCUGAAAGGGGGCGGGGCAUCGCUAGUCUUGUGCCUUUGAACUCUGGAUACCCUUCCUUUAUGGGAUUUUUUUGUUUUUUUUAAGUGACAGGAUCUCAGAGGUGGAGUGGUUGGAGAGCCUAGACUGGCUCCUCCCGAGCUAGCCACAGAUCUCAGUCCUUGGGAUUUGCCAUAGACUUUGGACUGAACUUUGCCCUGACAGGCUUAGUUCUCUUUCCUCUUCCCAUGGCAGCAUUUCCUUUUUCUCCCUUACCAUAUUUAUGUUAAUAUUGGCUCCUGCUCAUUUCUUGUUUUGAAGAGAGGGAUUCUUAUGACCCUUUUCUUUUUUUUUCUCUCCCUCCCUUGAAUAUAUCAUCACAUUCCACAGUGCAGUAAAAUCCUGUGCAGGAGAUGGAAAAAAAAAAGUCUUGCCUGUUUUUUGGGGGAUGGGUGGGGUUCACUUUGGGCUCUGACUCCUUUGAGGCAGCUGAUCCCCAAAAUGUGUGUUGUGAGUGCCCUCUGGUGCAUGUCUGAGGAACAGGGAGCUGUUUUGGGCAGGUUUUUUUUCAGCUUGUAUUGAAAUUCUGGUAGACUAGAAAUUUUGGGAUUAAUAGUCCCAACUGAUCCGGAAGAUACAGGGU